AUGGCUGAUAAUAAUAUUGUUGUGCAGGAUGAGCCAGCCAGGAAGGAACUAGAGCCUAAAUUGAGGAUUAACCUACCUUUUGGAAAGGCUAUAUUGCAGAUGGCCAGGUAUGCGAGAUUCCUGAAAGAGAUUCUAAGCAUCAAAAGGAAGCUGGAGGACUUAGGAUUAGUGACACUAAAUGAGGAGUGCUCAGCCAUUCUUCAAAACAAGCUGCCAGUAAAGUGGCGUGAUCCAAGGAGUUUCACUGUUCCCUAUAUUAUUGGUGACUUGCAUAUUAGUGAUGCUUUAGUUGAUUUAGGAGCUAGCAUCAAUUUAAUGCCUACUAGUUUUUUUGAAAAGUUAAGUUUAAGUGAGCCAAAACCUACUAGGAUGAGUGUACAGUUAGCAGAUAGGACUGUGAAAUUUCCUAAGCGAAUAGUUGAGGAUGUAUUUGUUAAGGUAGACAAGUUUACACCUUGA